AUGACUGCCCUAAUCCCGCCCCAGGGCGUCAAGCGCGGUGAUUAUGUCGAGGUUGCCCAUCCUCUCGAAGGGCGCGGAGGUGAUGAGCUCACAUUGAGAAAAGGCGAUCAAAUCGAACUGCUGGAGCUGGACGAUGAGUAUGGCGACGGCUGGUACCUCGGCAGGCAACUGAGGACGAGCAAAAUUGGCCUCUUCCCAGCAGUCUACCUCAUGGGCGCCACCGCCUCAGCGAUCGCAUCUGAGACGACCGAAUCGCCGAUACAAAUGGACACACCUGCGCUACCAACCUCCUUUGCACCAGCUAGUGGCGAGACAACCCCUCAAGCCUCGCGACACACGAGUACUUCGGAUAUCCAGGGACCCCAGCUCGACUCAGAAACCCCGCAGCCUUCUCCAAGGCAACCAACACAGCGAGCAACCUCAUCCCCAUUACCGUCCCGCCCCAAUUUGGCGGCCGACAUGCAAGCCUUUCGCACUUCUAUGGAUAACCACAUCAACGGAGAGGAAAGUCCGGUCAUGAAUGAGACGUUGAGUGUCAUCGAUGAACACAUAACCGAUAUGAAUACACCUCGCCACAGCCUGUCGAUGGCGCAAGAAACCAAGCCAGGGAAUGAUUCUGGCAGUGAAUAUAGUAGUCAUCUCAGUCAUCGAAUUUCUUACAUCAAUGGACACGAGACCGAUGAGGAGGAGAGCAGUCAGCCGACGGAGGCGGAAGUCCGCAAAUGGAGCCAGAAGGAAACCGCCAGGUACAUGCGUGGCCUCGGUGUCGACCCGAAGCAUUGCGAGAUUUUCGACGAACAGGAGAUUACCGGCGACGUUCUUCUUGAUAUGGAUCAAGAUUUCAUUUUCAUGAAGGAGUUCGACUUUGGUGUGAUGGGCAAACGGCUAAAGACCUGGCACAAAGUCAAAGCGUUCCAGGAAGAGAUCAAGCGCCCCAAGAUACAACCGACAAGGAUCUCCAGAGGUUCCAGCUUUUCCGGUCCACAAGACGAGCGAACUUUGUCUCGUGCCGGUCAUACAGGGCCUCUUCUUCCUCGGAUCCCGAGUCUAGCAGAGAAGUCAAACACGUACCCGUCCCCUCGCGCGUUGCCAGCUCAGCACCCGAGGCUGGCCAGCAACAACAGCUCUCCUAUAGGAACGCACACCCCUACGUUUGGCCAGGACUCUUCCAGGAGGGUUUCCGCAGCAUCAAUCCGGGAGCUCAACCACGCUCGUCGUCAUUCCUCUAUUGAUUCCACCAACCGAGGUGACAUGUCCCACAACGGCUACCACCAGAACAAAGCAUCUCUUGACAGGUCCUGGACCCUUAAUACCAGCGCCCAGGGACUGCCAACUCGUCCGGGCACCUCAAUGGGCACAACCACUGAAGGCAUACAACGAUUCCGGGGUCCAUUGACCACCGAGUCUGAUUCACCCGUCUCUGCACCCGAGCCAUAUGACGACUUUGAUCGAGGCUACUUUUCAGGGACUGAUGCGGACCCGCGCCGAAACCGCCGCGUUCUGCAGAAACGUACUUCUCUCGCGGGGAGUGCUAGCCACUCGCGGAAGUCGAGUUAUGCCGAUGAUCCUUACCGGGUGAAGGGCGCGAGUAAACGGCAUUCCCGGAUCAAUAGCCUUGACUCGUUACGGGACGCAACCAGAGACGUCACUUCAGCCUCGCAGGCCUAUAACGCCGUCCCAUCGAAGAGCCGGUUCCGCAGUCUCAGCCACCGCGUUUCCGAGCGGAAUGCUGAUGGCAAAUCAAACCAUGGGUUCUUCUCCAGUUUUGCGCCUCUGGUUGGACGGGGAGAUUCAGAUAGCUCCCCUCGCUCCUCGACUUCGCACUUACAGCAAUCUUUCAAAAAUGCAGGCCCCAAGUUCCGACGCGCCGUGGGACUUCGUGCCAUCUCGGACAUUGUUGGUAAGAGCCCCGACACCUCUGCUCCAGCCUCUCCACGGGACUACGAUCCCACCUCAACAACAACUCGGACCGGCUCCACGACUCCAUCUGCGACGUCGAAGAGCUCAGAACGCCAUAGCACCGACGGGUCUGGCAAGGCCGCGGAGGGCGCCGGCUUCAUGAUCCGCCCGCGGACGGUCAAGACCAAGAAGGACACAAGCGCCUACAGGAGUGGCCUAGAAAAGAAAGGGCCGCUGGAGCAGAUGGAUGGAUGUGACUACUCCGGGUGGAUGAAGAAGAGGUCAUCAAAUCUGAUGACUACUUGGAAGCCCCGCCUGUUCAUCUUGCGCGGUCGUCGGCUGUCGUACUAUUACUCCGACACCGAUACCGAGGAGAGAGGCCUAAUCGACAUCACUGCUCACCGGGUACUCCGGGCGGACAACGAUCCAAUCAUCACUCUCCAUGCGACCUUCACUGGCUCUACUGCCAUGUCCAUGGCCCCGAGCCCGACGUCUCCAACCGAUAAUACCAGCAAGAUUCUUCCGAGUGGCAUGAUGAUCUCCCCGGCAAACUUUUUCCUUAAAGAAGGACAGAAACCGUUCUUCUUCAAGCUGGUUCCACCGAAAACGGGCAACUCGCGCACCGUGCAGUUCACCAAGCCUGCAGUCCACUACUUCCAGGUCGACAAUGUCAAGGAGGGCCGUAAAUGGAUGGCCGCUUUGAUGAAGGCCACGAUCGAGCGUGAUCUGGACCAGAUCGUCGAGACGACCAACAAGCAGAAGACCAUCAGCUUGAAACAGGCGCAGCUGAUGAACCAACGCCCGCCGGCGUUGCUCGACGGGCCGGCCAAAUUGGACGACGAAACCCCGUCAAUUAACGAGGAUGAUGAAACCUGGCACGAGGUCGACAAGCCUGAUGUGGACAAGCCUGAUGUGGACAAGCCUGAUGUGGACAAGCCUGAUGUGGACAAGCCUCUCCCUGGUGUCGACCCGAAAGAGGACGACGAGGACAAGGACGAGGUCGAGAACGAGCAAGAAAGCGUUCUCAAAGACGCUCAUAGGCCCAUGUCGAAUCCUCUGGGGAGUCUGGGAGACACGGGCCCUUCGAGCUUGCUCCCUGAGCGCUUGAUGAAGACUGGAUCUCACUGA